UAGUGUUACAUUUUAAUAUUAUGGCUUUCAAGAUUUUCUUGAAAGCUUUCCUACCUAAUUGCUUCAAUGUUAAGAUUAAUGAUUCAAUUAUUCAUCCACAUGAAAAGAAUAAUUGUGGUGGUGGACAUUCAAGGCUAGCUUUGUGUGACAUAAGUGAUCCAGAAUCACCAUCACUUUGUAUGAGUGAUCUUUCAUCAAAUGCUAUAAUUGGAUCAAACCUUUACAUUUUCACAUAUGCUCAACUUAAAAUUAUUACAAGUAAUUUUUCAUCCUCUAAUUUUCUUGGAGAAGGUGGAUUUGGACCUGUCCAUAAAGGGUUCAUUGAUGAUAAAAUUAAACAUGGUUUAGAAGCUCAACCUGUUGCUGUUAAGUUGUUGGAUUUGGAAGGUGAUCAAGGCCACAUAGAAUGGCUGACAGAAGUAGUGUUACUUGGGCAGUUGAGGCAUCCCAAUCUAGUGAAGUUGAUUGGAUAUUGCUGGGAGGAUAAGCAAAGGCUUCUUGUUUAUGAGUACAUGGCAAGGGGCAACCUAGAGAACCAAUUAUUUAGAAGAUGUUCGAGUAGCUUGCCAUGGCUAACUAGAAUGAAGAUUGCAGUUGAUGCUGCAAAGGGAUUAGCAUUUCUGCAUGGGGAAGAAAAACCAGUAAUAUAUAGAGACUUUAAGGCUUCUAAUAUCCUCUUGGACUCGGUUUAUACGGCUAAGCUUUCCGAUUUUGGACUAGCAAAGGAUGGUCCGGAGGGUAGUGAUACGCAUGUCACAACUCGUGUUAUGGGCACUUAUGGUUACGCUGCUCCCGAGUACAUGAUGACAGGUUAUUUGACAACCAAGAGUGAUGUGUACAGUUAUGGAGUCGUCUUGUUAGAAUUACUAACAGGACGACAAGCGAUUGACAAGAAACGUCCUAGUAGGGCGCAAAACUUGGUGGAAUGGGCUAGGCCAUUCCUCCGAGAUUUACACAAGCUCGAAAGAAUAAUAGACCCACGACUUGAAGGCGAGUACUCGACUCAAGGAGCCAAAAAGGUGGCCACAUUGGCUUAUAAAUGCUUGUGCCAUCAACCUAAGUCUAGACCUACCAUGAGCAAUGUGGUCAAGAUAUUGGAACCUAUUUUAGACUUGAAUUAUAUACCAAUUGGCCCAUUUGUUUAUGUGGUUCCCUCAUUUGACUCUAAAAGUGGAUUGAAGACAAAGGGGAAUGAAGAAAAUAAGAUGCACAUAAUAAGUGAUCAAGAUCAUGACAAAGGAAGUGCAAGAGAAAAGAAUCAACAAAAGUCUGCUACUCAUGUUUAUUCAGAUACUCAUUUGGAUAGGACUUUAAGGCAAGAAUUCAGAUAAAUCCAAGUAGAUAGAAAAUAAAAUUAAAAAGAGACAACAUAGAAAUUGCAAGAGAAAAGAAAUUAUAGAGCGAUCACAUACCAAAUGAUAAGAUGGACGAAUGAGAAAAUUUGUUUUAUUUUUAAUUAGAGAUCUUAGGUUUAAUCUUGAGAACAAAAUUUUGUUUGGUAGGGCAUUAGAACCCCCACUAGUGGGCUUUAUACUGUAGGAACUCGAAUUAGUCAAGCUGGUAAAUUUUGAACAUCAAAUGUUUAAAGCAAAUC